AUAUUAAAGCAACCAAAACUGCCACAACAUAGGAAACUCUGUCUUUCUCUCUCUAACUUUCUUUUUCAAUUUCUCUUUCUUUCUCUCUCCAUUUCUUUUUUUCAUACACGGUUUUGUUCUGUGACACUGUUAUUGCCGUGUUUUUUAUUUAUUUUGUGAGGGUCUCUGUUUCUGGGACUCUUUGGGUUUGAAACAUCUAAGAGAAAAAAAAAUGAGUUGUUUUAGUUGUGUUGGAAAAUCACGCCGAAAGAUUGAUACCAAAAACUCUAUCCAUACAGAGAAGCUUAGUGAUUUCACUUCAGCUGAUAAGGUCAAAGUUGAUUUGAAUGUGAAUGAUAAAAGUGAAGAUGUUUCAAAACAUGAUCAACUUUCCCUUGACGUGAAGAACUUGAAUUUAAAUUUAAAAGAUGGUGUUUCCAAGGAUGGAAAAGUUGCAAAGACAUUUACUUUUGAGGAGCUUGCAGCUGCAACAGGAAAUUUUAGGGCAAAUUGCUUUGUUGGUGAAGGAGGGUUUGGCAAGGUUUAUAAAGGGUAUAUAGAGAAAUUAAAUCAGGUUGUUGCAAUUAAGCAACUUGACCCUAAUGGACUUCAAGGAAUUAGGGAAUUUGUUGUUGAAGUGUUGACACUUAGUUUGGCUGAACACCCAAAUCUUGUCAAGUUAAUUGGGUUUUGUGCCGAGGGAGAGCAAAGGCUAUUGGUGUAUGAGUAUAUGCCAUUGGGAUCUUUGGAGAAUCAUUUGCAUGAUCUUUCGCCUGGUAAAAAACCGAUUGAUUGGAAUACAAGAAUGAGAAUAGCUUCUGGUGCAGCUAGAGGUUUGGAGUAUUUGCACGACAAAAUGAAGCCUCCUGUCAUAUACCGUGACCUCAAAUGCUCCAACAUUUUGUUAGGCGCCGAUUAUCAUGCCAAGUUAUCUGAUUUCGGCUUGGCAAAAGUAGGUCCUAGCGGCGAUAAGACUCAUGUUUCAACAAGAGUUAUGGGCACAUAUGGGUACUGUGCUCCAGAUUAUGCAAUGACAGGUCAAUUGACAUUUAAGUCGGACAUUUAUAGCUUUGGUGUUGUUCUUUUGGAGCUCAUCACAGGCAGAAAGGCGAUCGACCAGAGAAAACCUGCUAAAGAACAAAAUCUAGUCGCUUGGGCAAGGCCAUUAUUCAGAGAUCGACGAAGAUUCUCGGAGAUGGUAGAUCCAUUGCUUGAAGGUCAAUAUCCAGUGAGGGGUUUGUACCAAGCUCUUGCCAUUGCUGCUAUGUGUGUUCAAGAGCAGCCUAAUAUGCGGCCGGUUAUAUCUGAUGUGGUGACAGCUCUAAAUUACCUUGCUUCACAAAAAUAUGAUCCUCUAAUUCAUCCAAUACAAAGCCCGAGAAAAAGUUCAUCUUCUCCAAGAAUUAGAAGCGAAGGUCAUAGACGCAUUACUAGUAAAGACUCUGAGACAGACAGAUUCGGAGAUUAGAUUAUAAUUGCAGUGUUUUUGAGACACUUAAAAACAUUGUAAUGUGCCUAGUUAUCAAUUUUUGCUUUAUAGGAGAUAACAGGUUCCUCUUAAAAAGUCUCUUUGUACAUGUGAACUUGCUAUUUUGCAUUAAAGAUGCUUCAUUAGGAUUCCUGUUUUGUCUCAUUUCUUAGUGUAUAGCUUCAGCAUUAUCA